UAGGAUGAGUUACAAUGAAAUACGCACUGUUACUACCUUCAUCACUGAAUCAAUCGCAGACAAAAAGUUUUCUGGGAAAAACGUCAGGAUUGGAACGAUUCCUGGAAAGUGCCAAGGAUUCAAAGGUAAGUUUCUACUUGGACACUUAUCAAUCAAAGGAUAAAGCAAGAAAGCACUUCGACAAACUCCAGCGAGCGUCCAUCGCUUCUCUUCUAGAAGAAUCCCUUAAGGAAUAUUUUAAAUGUCCAUAUGGUGGUCGCAAAGAAGCACGUAAAGUGGCAGUUAUUCUCUUAAAAGGAGAACUAAGGGUUCGAUAUGGAUUGGAGAAAAAUGUGAAGUCUCUCCGUAAAAGGGGUAUUGAGGUGUUUGGAAUAAAGAUGGAAAAUCGGGAUUCGGAGAUGACUUUGACAAGAAUUUUCGGAAAACGUAAUAUUCUGGACGCCACCAAGAUAAAAAGUAUGGAGGAAGUGCGCCGCGAAUUAGUAAACCGAAUUUGCAAAUAGUAAAUCUCUGGCUCUUCCCUCCACCCCCAGACACAGACUACGGAAUAACGGAAUGAACAACUGUCUUUUUAAAUAUUUUUUUUAAAUAACGAAAGGAUACAAAUACACACACAUACACACACACACAUAUAUAUAUAU